AUGACAGCGCUGAGUCAGCGGACGUGCCUAGUUACAGCAUCGGGGCAGCGGAGUUCGGCCAGCCUUUCGCUUGAACGCACGGGCCUUUUGGCUCCUACUCCGUCUACACCUGCCUGGGGCACAACCCCGACCUCUUGGGCAGACCCGCUCAUGAGCAAAGAUGUGGUCGGUGGAGUCGCCUGGGCGGGCCGGGCCUGGCACAAGACAGGAGGGAAGCAUUGGGGGAUCCCCUCCGGGUGUACGGGACGCCGCUCGAAGUCGGGUUUGCCUAAUGAACCAGGUGGGUUUGGGAGAGUUUCGACGGGCGGCGGCUUGAAUGGCGCACCGCCGCUGACGGACAUUGGGUGGUCCCAGAGCAUGCCGUCCGUAUGGCAAACGAAAAUUUACGACGACAAGAGCAGCCCAUACAUUUCGGAGCGGCCAACGGCUGACCCUAUCCGGGGCGAAACCGAAGUAUACAAUGUCACCGACGGGGACUGGCUGCGAUACGACAACUGGAACCUAUUCAACAUCGAUUCAAUACGCAUCCCCGCAUACAGCUCGCAGCGCGCACACGUCGACGUGCGUAUCGGCUCAACCAGGGGCCGACUCAUCGCGACAGUACGGGAUCACACCAACGUGGCGCCUCAAGACUUUACAGACUUCGUGGCGCCCAUUCAGGAUCACACGAACCAGCGAUUCCUGGUUGACAUGAAAGCCGCACAGACGGCGUCGCGGGUGCUUUUGAACCCUGCCCGGCGGCCCUUCGACUACUGCCGCGGCUCAAUGCUGUACGCGUUACUGGACUGCGUCACGUGGGGAAACCCGAGCCUCGUUCCGCUCGCUUUCUUGGUCGCGACGUAUCCAUACGCCACCGCCCAAACCGGGACCGCCAACGUCUCCGCUUCCUUCACCGGUCUCGUCGACCUCAAGUUGAAAACUCAAGCCAGCGCGCGCUGCCUGGAGAUCCGUCAGACGGGCUCGUCGCCCGCCACGUGGUCCAUCUCCGAGCUAACGGUUUUCGACGAUUAA